AUGUUUCCGCCAAUCAAAUAUCGUGCAAUAGACUAUUUAGAUGAGAAUGUAGUUAGGAAGAGGUUUUGCAGAGAUGCAUUACUGCUUAAAAUCCCUUCAUGUUUAUAUCAAGAUUAUCAUUCAGGAGUUACUGAUGAUAAAUAUAGGAGGCCAUGGACAAGAGCCUCAUCUGUUUCAGUUAAGGGAAUAACAGAUAUCUCAGAUGUGGAUCAAUGGAAAGCAAGUCUCUUUGUGAAGGAUUUCCUUGAGAAGAAAACCGCUACAAGAAUUCAAACCCAAAUUAAUUGUGAAUUUGAUGAAAUUAUUCCAAGUUCAAAUCCAAAUUCCCAAACUGAAGUAGAGGAAACCAGUUUAUAUACCCCUGAAGACUACAGCGAAACUUUUACACCUGUCAACUCUUUAGAAAAAUUUCCUGCACUUCAAGCAGAAAACCAAGAUCUCUUAAUUGAUGAAGAAAUAAUUUCUGUAAAUAAUUUGAUGGGCUAUAGACGUCACCUACCAACGUUGAAUACUCUCUUGAGUAGGCUAAAACUAUAUUUGGUAGAGGAUCCCCUUUUAGAUUUCAAAGAACAGACCUUCACAAAAGCUAAUUUUUUCAGGGAAUGUUUUUCUUUUCAAGAACACUUGGAAGUUAACGAGAAAGAAGAGUUUUGCAUGGAGAAAGAGAACUUCUGUCAGGAGAAACUAGGGGAUACAGUAGGUUAAAAUCAACCAUCAAUGUUGACAACUGAUUGUGAAUCCUUAAUAUCUACAACCCUCAAACAAGAGAUUGAUAUUCCGUCAUCAUCAGAACUGAAGGAGUCAAUAAACUUAAUGCCAGAAAUAAUAAAUCAUGCAGAUGAAAAUAAAAAGCUUUUCAAAAGAGGAAUAAGCCUUGGGCAGUUGGUACUGAUGGUGAAGUUAGAACUAAAAACUCAAAAAUCCAACAGUCAAUAUUCAGUUACAGAUUUAAGAAAGAUGUUUUCUAUUGAAGAAGAAAGCUUUAUGCUUAGUCCUUUAAAGGCAGAUUGUUGGAAACAAGCAGGAUUAAAUCUGAUAAUGACAGAAAUUUUGGAAUAUCUAAAUACAGAUUUGUGUCAUGUAUCUUCUGACAAUACUAAAAAGAUCUUUUUGCCUACAAAAUUGCUUCAAUUAGAAUCAUGGCCAGAAGAUAAAAGUUGCUCUUCACCUAUUUUAUGUAGUAGUGACAAAUCUCCAAAUGAUCCUUUGUCACCUCCACAAAAGAGUCCAUCUCUGGCAGGAGAAGCACCAGAUCUUUGUUUUCCUGAUGAAUGUGUCUCUGUGCAAAGAUCAGCAGAAGGAGAAAAACCAACGAAUGAUCCAGAGCUAGUUUGUAGAAUAAUCCAAAAGAAAGAAUGUAAAGAUGACUUUGAAUUUGACUGCAUAGGACCAACUGUUGAGUCAUGCUCUUCUUCAAGAAUUGAAAAAGUGUCUUUUGAACACAGUGAAAAACAAGAGAAUGAUUUGGACCUUUUAAGUGACUUUAUUAUGCUGCGAAAUAAAUAUAAGACUUGCACCUCAAAGAUGGAUGUCACAAAUAGUGAUGAAAAAAAACAUAAAGAGGAACAUUCUUUGACUCUUCAAGAAGAAAAUUCUACUGUUUGUACUAAUAAAACCCUGGAGAAAAUAAAUCAGGAAAGAGGAACAGAUAAAAUCAUUGAAAUUCAAGCAUCAGAUAGCCAGUGCCAAGCGUACUGUCUCCUAGAAGCAGCAGCUACCCCUAUCUUACAAAAGCUUGUGGGCCCCUGUACUCUCCCUGCUGCUAACUGGAAAUUUGCCACGGUUAUCUUUGACCAGUCAAGGUUUCUCUUAAAGGAACAAGAAAAAAUAAUAAGUGAUACUAUUCACCAAGGUACAAAUGAUGAAAGAGAAAUGAUGUUUAAGCACACUGCCCUCUUCCACCUUCUGGUAACAAUCAGAGAUAUCCUUUUAACGUGUAACUUGGACACAGCGUUGGGGUAUUUGUCAAGUGCAAAAGAUGUCUACAAAAGCAUUUUAGGCUCCUGUUUGGAUGACAUUUGGAGACAGCUGGAGAUUGUACAGUUUGUUAGGGAAAAAAAUCCUGAAACCAACUACAAGAUACAAGAAUUGCAAUGUCAGAUACUAAGUUGGAUGCAAAAGCAACAGCAAAUUAAGGUGCUGAUUAUAAUAAGAAUGGACUCAAAUGGUGAAAAACAUUUACUCCUUAAAAUCCUUAACAAAAUAGAAGGUUUAACAUUGACUGUCUUUCAUUCAAAUGAAAGAAAAGAUAUCCUGGAAUCUGAAAGUGUUUUAAAUGGUACUUGUUCCUGUGUAGUUGUGCAUAACCAAUCUAUUGGAGCAGAUUUCCCCUGGAGUAGUUUCUCAUUGGUGAUGGAAUACAAUUAUGCAGAAAACUCCUGUUGGACUAAGCACUGUGAAAAGUUGAAUAUUCCUUAUAUGGCCUUUAAAACGAUUCUUCCAGAUACAGUUUUAAAGAGCAACACCUUGCUGGAUAUCUUUAGUGGUUUUCUUCUGGAAAUUCAGAUUCCAUAUGUGUUUUUUGCAUCUGAAGGACUUCUUAAUACACCAGAAAUACUUCAGCUGCUAGAAUCUAACUAUAAUAUCACACUAGUGGAGAGAAGGUGCAGUGAGUCAUUGAAACUCUUUGGGGGUGUAGAGUAUUAUGUAGUGGUGACGGUUGAUGAACACACUGCCAUACUUUUACAGGAUCUGGAAGAAAUGAAUUAUGAGAAGGCAUCAGACAAUAUCAUCAUGAGACUAAUGGCAUUAUCAUUCCAGUACAGCUAUUGUUGGAUAAUUUUAUAUUCUAAGAAAACACUGGAUACAGAGUAUCACCUUACAGAAAAGACACUUCAUCACCUAGCACUGAUUUAUUCAGCUUUGAUUUCAUUUGGCUUAAAAUCUGAAGAACUGGAUGUAAAGCUUCUAAUUGCACCAGGAAUAGAAGAGACUGCAUUGAUAAUUCGACAAAUUGCUGACCACCAUUUAAUGACUUCCAAGAGAGAUCCUCAUGAAUGGUUGGAUAAAUCUUGGCUCGAAGUUUCACCUUCUAAGGAAGAAAUGUACUUACUUGAUUUUCCAUGUAUUAAUCCAUUGGUAGCUCAGCUCAUGUUAAAUAAAGGACCCUCGUUUCACUGGAUAUUAACAGCAACUCUUUGUCAACUUCAGGAUCUCCUACCUGAAGUUUCAGAAAAAGUGUUAAAGCAUUUUUGUGGCAUCACUUCCUUAUUCCAGAUUGAUUCUUCUUCCGUAACAAAAUCACCUCAAAUUUCAUUACCUCAGGAAAAGAGAAAUCGGAUUAGUACCUUUACUUCUCAGAGUUCGGCUUCUGGUUCUUCAGACUCUAUCAUUCAAGAACACAAUGAAUCUUACCAGUAUUCAGACUUAGAAACAGUGCAGGAAGACACAAAUACCAUUUCUAAUUUCAACUCUUCCCUUAUGGGAUCAAGAGAAAUGCCACACAUUUUACCACAUGUGGAUUCUUACAGUCAGACCAGCUACUGGAAAGACUCUAGUUGUAAACGAAACCUUGUACCAAAUAAUCCUUUUCUAAUUAACACAGAAUCAAGGAAAGCAACUUGCCAUUCCUUUCUAAACCAGAAUGAUUCAGAGUCAGAAGUCUUUGGUUUGGGUCUAACGCAAAUGAAUUGUGAAAUGAAUUGUGAAACCAGAAUAUCACCAACUCAUAAGGGAGUUGCCCCUAAUUUUAUAAAUGACCAGAUCAAGGGAACACAUGAAGCAAUAGGAUGCAUAAAUGAAGAAAUAUCUUCCCCUGUAUUUUCCCUAGAGGGCUCUAAAUCUCCUCUUCAUUGGAACUUUAAGAAAAAUGUAUGGGGACAGAAUUACUCAUCCAACUUACAAUAUGGCGCAUUUGACAAACGGUACUCUCAGAAAGGUAAUUUAUUCACUAAUCAGCAAAAAUGUCUGUCGGAUCAGUUAGAAGACUUCCCAUAUGAAAGUUCAAAUGCUGGGACUAAAAAGACCUUCUGGAGAGAAUUGCCAUCUGCUCCCAAUUUGGAUUUAUGUUAUUCUUCUGAUUCUAAUAUAAAUCAAAAGGAAUUUGACUGCCCGUAUGUCUACCAAAGAGCUGGAAAAUGUUUAGAACAGAAAAGGUACACUGAAUCUUCAUCUAAUGAAGGAGAUAAGCAACCAUUAACAGGUUUCAUGUACUCAAAACAACCACAAGUCAAAAAACGACGUCUAAUGUAUGAAAAAGUCCCUGGUAGAGCUGAUGGACAAACUCGUCUGAAGUUUUUUUGA